AUGGCCGUUCUAGCUAUCCCCUCCAUUGGCUGGCAGCCUCAACCCACAUCGCAUUCUGAUCAGUGGCCCCUCAACAAGACGCUUCCCAUAUUGAAGUUGCCGCCGGAGCUUCGCCACAUCAUCUGGGAGUUCGCCCUCCCGGCACCACGCAUCUACGAGGUCCUCGAUGGCCCCGAAGCCAAACAAACGACGCCGGCUGUCGAUGGUCUCAUAUUUGCCAAUGUCCGUUACGAACCCCCGCCGAUACUGGCGGCGGUCUGCCUCGAAACCAGGGCCUUUACCUUGCGCCGUUUCAGGGCCCUUACCCUGUCCGGGAUUACCAAAUAUGUCGAUCUCAGUUGCGACAUUAUCCUCCUCGAGCCAUAUCUGUUGGUCAAAAGGCUCCUCCGCACGCUCCAAUUUCUCAUCCAGGUUCCCCUGGUGCGGAACAACCUCACGUGCCUCGCCCUUGGAACAUCCUACGGCAUGAACACGAGGUUGACUCAUCCAGUCCUCGGCAAAAAGGUGUUGGAGACCAACAUCGGCGUCCUGCUGUCGCGCCUCUCCAAGUUGCCAAAACUUAAAAAGCUCCUAUUCAUCGUCCAUCAGGAGUUUCAGUUCGAAUGGGACUUGUCUACUGCAGAGGCACAACUGCCACCACUAUUUUUGCUCAGGAGUAUUCCUCCGGGAUCGCAUGCUGCACGUCAAGGCUUCCGAUUCAAGCCUGCUUAUGACCUGCACAGCAACAACCAUUUCUUGCGGAUGCCAUAUGAGAACGCCCUCUUCCCCUAUUCACCCGGCUCACAGGAUGACUCAAACCGACCUGUGCCUGAGUUCACGGUCCUGCGGAACGAAGACUGGCCUUCGGAUGACGAAUGGCGAAGGUUUAACCACAGGUUUCAGAGGGCAGCAAAAGCAUCUCUCGAGACAAAACAGCCUGGCAAAGCCACAAUCGAACGCGAGGCGCUGCCGGCUGUUGAAGGUGCCUGUCUGCUGUGGCGCUACAAAUCUCAACAUUCCCGAGCACAUGACGGGUCGAUUUUAUAG